AUGUCCAUUCGCAGAAGGAAACCAUUUGAGCUAGCUCGACAGCUUGAGAAUGUUUCAUGUGAACGAAUUCGUAAACUGGAGGCAAUCAAGCAACUCCUGCUUGAACUGGACAAUCGUCUCAAGAUUGAAAUGCAUAGCUUACGUCAACUUUCCGGCAACCCAAUAAAAAUAAAUGAGGCAGUUGAUAGUUUUGCUAUUAAAACGCCUUUUUCACCUAUGUCGGAUACUUUGUCAGGUAAUGUCUCUCGAACCACUCCAACUCAGGGUUUGCAGUCAUCGCCUGAUAUCUCAGACCAGUCAUCAGAUAUAUCAUACAAAAUUCUUCAUGGAAGAGUUUUUCUCUUGCCAAAUGAUCCCCUUACACAGUUAACUACUUCUGCUCCUUCUCCGUUACCACUAUUGCAACAAAAGCAGACGCAGCAGUCCGAGGAAGUAUCCAUCUUAACAAAGGAGAAGGGAAAUGCCACUCCCAUUGUAGCUGACCUUUCAACCGAACUUGUACCUUCCACUCUGGGUCUUCAUGGCUCCCUCGAACCCAAUGCAUUUCUUUCCUACGCCGCUGACCUGCUAGGUCUUCCCAUUCACACUUCAGUUCCCAAUGCCUCUUGUCAAGAGGGGAGGCUUUAUUCAUCAAAAGGAAAUCCUCACUGA